AUUUGCCCUGUUGCGGUCGAUCGGCGCGGCGCGGAUUGGUCGAAGAUAGAUCUCGCAGCAGCGAUCGCGCGCGCGCCCUGCUCUGGUCUGGAAUCUGGAUCGAAAAUAGAAUAGAAUAGAUUUCGAUUUUAAUAGGGGGUUGCCGGGUCGAGAUCAUCCAGGACAGGGAGUAAGCCAGCGCGGCUUGUCGCUGCUUGUUUGCCGUUUCUUCUUCGUGCCUGUGUGUCACCCUCCUCGCGCGAGAGAAGUCCCAUCCUCCAGUCCAUCCGUCCGUCCAUAGUCUUGUUUUUCUCGUGUUCUCUCCUUUUUGCGUUCUCCACCAUCCAUUUCUCACGAGAUACGUGCCACACGCUAGGCUUCUGCUUCAAAAUCCCCUUUCUUCCUCCCUGGAAUCCACUCUUUCAACUCCUCAGUUGCCACUCUAGAUCCUUGGGUUGAAUUUUCUCUCGUUGUUCUUCUUUCCUUUUCUUUGCUUUGAUCUUUGCUUUGUGUGUUCCUCCUCUAAUAAGUGUGCAUGUCUGGAGUUUGUGUAUGCCUGAGGUUGCUUUCGCCUCAUCUCGGUUACUUCGUUUUUCUGUUCUUUAUAUUUCCCUUCAAGUAUCUCUUUUGCUCCCUGGAUCCAUCCUCAUUAUCACAACCCAGUAGUAGUAAACACCAUAAAAAUUGAAUUCUCGGCUUUCUUCUACACGCAAUGGCACCCACGAUGUUAUCAUCCAAUGAUUCAUCGUCAUCUUCUCCUACUGUUCUCGUUGUAGGGGCUGGGAUCUCCGGCUUGGCAGCUGCAAGAAUGCUUCACAAAGCAGCGUUCAAGGUGACGGUACUCGAGUCAAGAGAUCGAAUUGGAGGUCGGAUCUAUACAGACUUUUCUUUCGGAUUUCCUGUUGAUAUGGGUGCCUCAUGGCUACAUGGAGUUUGCCAAGACAACCCCUUGGCUUCCUUGAUAGGACGUUUGAGGCUGCCUCUUUACCGAACAAGUGGGGACGACUCUGUCCUCUAUGACCACGACCUUGAAAGCUAUGCUCUCUUCGACACGGCAGGGAACCAGAUUCCACCGCAGCUGGUGACUAGAAUGGGCGAAGUUUUCGAGGCCUUGCUUGAAGAAACUAAGAAAGUUCGUGAGGAGUUUGCACAAGAUAUGUCGCUGAAGCAGGCCUUCUCGAUCAUACUUAAAAGACGUCCAGACCUGAGACAAGAAGGCCUGGGACACCGAGUUUUACAGUGGUACUUAUGUAGACUGGAAGGAUGGUUUGCUGCUGACGCAGAUAAAAUCUCCCUCCAGAACUGGGAUGAGGAAGAAUUACUUGAAGGUGGCCACGGCCUCAUGGUCAAAGGUUAUUGGCCUGUCGUUUUCUCUUUGGCCGAAGGACUCGAUAUAAAAUUGAAUCACAGAGUAACAAAAAUAAGUCGACAUCCGAAAGGUGUCCGCGUUGCUGUAGAAAAUGGAAAGGUUUUCAACGCAGACGCGAUCGUUGUUGCUGCUCCUCUCGGAGUGCUCCAAGCCAAGAUCAUAAACUUUGAGCCUCAACUCCCGGACUGGAAAGUAAAAGCCAUCAAUGAACUGGGUGUCGGAAACGAGAACAAGAUCGCCAUGCUCUUCGACAACGUUUUCUGGCCCAACGUCGAGUUCCUGGGCGUGGUCGCUUCCACCACGUACGAGUGCAGCUACUUCCUCAACUUGCACAAAGCCACAGGACACCCGGUUCUCGUCUACAUGCCCGCUGGAAAUCUCGCCAACGAUCUGGAGAAGCUGAGUGAAUCAGCCGCCAAGAAUUACGCGUUCUCGCAGCUCAAGAAGAUCCUGCCAAACGCUUCCUUGCCGACCAAGUGCUUGGUGUCUCACUGGGGAUCCGACGUAAACUCCCUCGGCUGCUACAGCUAUGACGCCGUGGGUGUCUCUCACGGCGCCUACGAUCGACUGCGCGCUCCAGUGGACAAUCUCGUGUUCUUCGCUGGAGAGGCGACGAGCAGCAGCUUUCCAGGGACCGUCCACGGCGCGUUUGCCACUGGAGUUCUCGCCGCCGCCGAGUGCCGCAAGACCAUCGAGGAGCGAUGCAAAGAUCUGGAGCUCUUCCAGCCGGCCAUGGCGGAAGAAAUCGAGCUCGCCAUCCCGCUCCAAAUCUCUCGCCUGUGAAGUCAUGGAUUAAAUGAAUGCCCUAAAAUUUAAAUCUA